CUCACAUCGGGUAAUGUCAGGGACUAUUAACACCUCGUUUUAACCGGGUCCUUACCAGCAGCACACUGAAGUUUCCAAGAGUCGCCUGUAAACCAGGAUCAUCUCGUGUCUCAACUUUGGAAGUCCAUAUUGAAAGACGACAUGUUUCGAGUAAGAAUACCCUUCUCACAGAUUGCCCUUGCCACUGUGCUUGGAGUUGGCGGUGGCAUUUAUAUCUACCGACCCUGUUUUGACCCAAAGCUUAAGACCUCAGAACAGCAAAACCAGGAUGUGGCAAAAAAAACCUGAAUGAAACUGAUGGAAAUAAUUCAUCAGUUUGAGAAAAUACUUCACUAGGCAUAAGCCAGAAGAACCACAUCAGAGGCUGGUGGACUGUCAGAGUGGGAAGCCAAAUAUACCAAGACCAGCAUGGAUACAUUCAAGUUACUUUGUGGGUGUUUUGUAUGAUUGUAUAAUGUACAGAAUAAAAUAUUGAAUAAUUUACCUCACUUAUUUAUCAUGUGUUUCUGAUUGAU